CACCCGUCACAGUAGGCGGAGUUACGGAAUAGUAUCCUAGGGUAGGCUGGGACACAGCUCAUAUUGGACCUCAUCUCCCCUGGCUUAACCAAGGACCAGUCUGCGGAGGUCUCCAAGCCCGUGGUCUGAGCCCCUAAAAUUUCACCUCCACAAGCGACUGCCCCAGGGUGCGUUACAUAACCUGCCAAUAUAUGUAUCACCAAGAGCCUGUCUGCUUGCGCAUGCAUCAAUGUUAACAUCGGAGAUUUUGGACAUGUCCAUCUCGCCGCUACCUAUGCGUAGCAUUGUGUCCUCAUCCAGCAAUUCCCCAGAGGGGACCCCAAAUUGUGAGGGAGCCCCGCCGCCGUCGCGGACUCGGAAGCCAAUUCCCAGGAAGGGACACACGAAGUCGCGUCGGGGAUGCUUCAACUGCAAGCGUCGGAGAAUCAAAUGCAACGAGAAACAUCCUGAGUGCAACCACUGCAUCAAGGCGGGUUUGCAAUGCGAGUAUCCUGCAAACAUCAUUCAGUCGGGCCAUCGCACUCCUACCUCUCCCUCUCCCCAGGAGAUGGUGCACCUGCGUUCGACACCUGGCGCAUUCACAAUGUCCGACAUGCGCUUGUUCCACCAUUUCCUGAUCACAGCGUACCCUCACCUUCCUGUCGGUGCUGAUAAGAUAUGGAUCACUGUGAUCCCUGGCUUUGCACACAACUAUGAAUAUCUCAUACACUCCAUACUGGCAUUGGCAGCGUCACAUCUGAACGCCGUGUCCAGUGCCAACGUCGCCGAAGAGGCGAUAUCCCAUCGCAUACUCGCGGUGAAGUCGCUCAACGAAGCACUUUCAGUACCACCGAAGACACGAAACGAACGCGACGCACGCAUGGCAGCAGCACUCGCUUUGGCCUUUCAAUCCAGUCAUCUCGAGGAUGGUCUCGCUGAGUUCCUGACCAUGGUCAGGGGGUGCAAUCUCAUCGCCGGGGAUGAAGGGCUGAAAAACCCCGAGUCAGUUUUUCAUGCCUUGAGCGCAGAUGGACACCUGGGGACGAUGAGAAAUCGACUCGCGAUAUCUCCGCUCCCUUCGGUGAAUCGAGACGACCUCGAGGCAGCGGCUAUGUCACUGCAAGAGAUCGAGCUUUUGAACAUGACCGAAUGGGAGAGGACGUUUUGGGAGAUCAUGGUGAGAACGGUCGAGCAUGCAUAUAACGACCCAGUCGCGGCGUACACCACCUUUGUUGUUCUCUACAAUACCCCGGCCAGGUGGAAGCACGAGGAAUUCCAGUCGUUUAUUGAUCCGAGUAACGCGGUUGCCCAGAUCCUGUUAGCCCACUUCAUUGCGAUCCAAGCCAUCCUGACUCCAAUAUUGGCCUUCGAAAGAGUAGGGUUUCAGGGUGUGCACGCUCCAACCGCGAUGCUGGGGUGGAUUGAAAACAUUUACAGAAAUAUUCCCGAACCUCUGAGACCCCAUGUCGAAUUUUGCAGACAAGUGUCAAGAUACCCUUUCCAGAAUAUGGCGGGGCGCAGGAAUGAUGAGAUUCAGUACCUCGAAUAGGCGGUCGGCACUACAUUCGUUUACCAGCAUUUCUUGUGGAAGGGAAAAGGAGAAUUUGGCGCAAUUUGCACUCUAGAUCGUUCUGACCUGCCUAUUUCAGUGCUGGUCGCCGUCACUCGUUUGAUUACACCAAGACGGCGGGUUGGGACAUGACUGCCAUGGUGCUUCCGCCAGAAGUGAUAACUCACUG